AUGGAUAACGAGGCUAGAAUAUUGUUUGGAAUAAAACAUGUUAAUGGUAGUAAUGUCAGAAACUUAGAUGUUUUCCAUCCUGAAAUUAAAGUGGAAAUGAGUAUUUUGGGUAGAACUGUUAAUUUUACACUGGAUACUGAUGCAUCUGUUAAAGUAAUUCCAGAAGAUUUGUAUUUUGAAACGUUUCCUGAUGUGUCUAUGGAAGACAUCUAUGCUAUAUUACGUGGUUAUUCUGGUUCUAUUAUACCUGUUGUAGGUGGAAUAUUUGUAGAUGUUGUGUAUAGUUGUAAAAAGUAUAGUGAUAUGCGUAUUAUUGUAGUGCAAAGAAGAUAUCGUAAACGUCAAGUGCAUGUUGAUCAUCUCAUGGAAACACAUGAGCAUAAAUCAUCUGAUGAGAUUGACUCUAUUCCUAAUUCAGAUGUUGAUUUAGAUGUUAAAACUAAAGUUGAAAAAGUGAAAAUGAAGUUCCAAUAG